GCUUCAAACAAGCGUCAAUGGAGGAACAAAUCCGCGCCAACUGCUACCACCUCCUCCCUUCCUCCACAGCCGUCUCCGCCUCCGCCCCUCCCCAAGCCCUAAUCCUAUCCCUCUCCCUCAUCCUCAACCCCUCCACCUCUGACUCCACCCUCUCCUCCCUCCUCCAAACCCUCACUCUCUCUCUCCACCACUCCCACCUCCCUUCCCUCUCUCUCCUCCCCACUCUCUCUAUCCUCUCCACCCUCGCCUCCCACCACCCCCACCUCUCCCGCCCCAUCUUCCACUCCAUCCGCUCCCUCUCUCUCACCUCCCCCCGCGCCCUCGCCGCCUCCCUCUCCGUCCUCGCCUCCCUCGCCGAGUCCGACCAAACCCUACUCCCCGAACUUAGCGAGUUCAGCGAAACCCUGUUUCUCACCCUGUGCUUUAAACCGAGUGUUUCUGUGAGGCACUGGGCUUUGAUGAAUGCGGAGAGGUUGAGAAUUCGGCCGCAUUUGUUGGUGACGGUGUUGUUAGGGUUCACGAGGGAUCCGUAUCCUUAUCUGAGGGCAGUUGCUUUGGAUGGACUGGUUGGAUUGUGUAAGUCCAUUGUUGUUGAGGACCGUGAGCUGGUCGAGACUUCUUGUUGCCGUGCCGUCGAGCUUUUUAGUGAUAUGGAGGAUUGUGUGAGAUGUGCUGCGGUUCGCGCGGUGGCUCAGUGGGGACAAUUGCUUGUGGCAUUGAACCAUGACAGUAACAGGAAAAAUUUGUCAGAUGCUUUGUUUCUCCAGCUUUGUUCCAUGGUAAGAGACAUGAGUUUGAAGGUCAGAGUUGAAGCUUUUGAUGCCCUUGGGGAGAUAAGUAUGGUGUCUGAGGAGAUUCUGUUACAAACCUUAUCAAAGAAGCUCCUUUCUGUUAGCCUUCAGGGGAGCAAACUUACAUUGCAGCGGCUUGGUUUGAAGGAAAAGACCUGUUCUGGGCUGUGCUCUACAAAACCAUUUGAAAUACCAGCAUCAAAUUCUGCUGGAGUUUUUGUGCAUGGGCUGGAGGAUGAAUUCAGUGAGGUACGAAGGUCAGCCUGUCAUUCCUUGCAUACCCUCAGCAUACUUUCGGCUGAUUUCUCUGGUGAAGCCUUAAAUUUAUUGGUGGACGUGCUGAAUGAUGAUUCUAUGGUUGUCCGCUUACAGGCUUUGGAAACAUUGCGUUGUAUGGCACUAUUUGACCGCCUAAAGGUGCAAGAAGCACACAUGCAUAUGUUUCUCAGCACUCUAGUGGAUGAUGGUGCCGUGGUAAGAUCUGCAGCAAGGAAAGUACUUCGAAUAAUAAGGCUGGAGGAUGUGUCUAUAUUUAAGUUAUGUGUUGAUGGCCUUCUGGAAAAUUUGGAAAUGUAUCCACAGGAUGAAGCUGAUGUAUUUUCUGUUCUACUUAGUAUUGGUCAACAUCAUGGGAAUUUCGCAGCUGAUGUAAUUGUGGGGGUUUCUGAUGAGAUUGAGCCAUGUUGUGAUGGCAAGUUGGUCUUUGAUGGUGGGAGAGUAGCUGCACUGCUGGUGCUGGCCAUCUCAGCUCCACUCUCGCAUGAAAAGCAGACGUUCAGUAUUCCACCUAGAAUAUUUUCUUAUGCUGUCACACUGCUAGGGAGGAUUUCUAAUGCUUUAAGUGAUGUUAUGGACCAGGAUACUCUGUUGGCUUAUUUGUCUCAUUGCAGUAGCUCCACGAUUAUUUCUUCUGGGGAGUUUGACUACAAAGGGAAAGAGUUGUUCCUACCUGUUGAAGAUGGUUCGACUAAUAAUCCCAUCUAUGAGAAAUCUUGUUCUGCCGACAUGCAAUUGCAGAAAUUAAAUGUUGGGGCCUCUGGAAGUCAUUGUCAGAAAAUGGGGGAAACCAGGAAGGUAGUGAAGGCACUUCUUAAUUAUCAGGUCGAGGAUCAUGGCGAAGUAAUCAAGUCUGUGGAGUUUAUGCUUGAGAAGGUCAAAGAUAUUUGGCAGUUGAUACAAGUUGGAUACACAGGUGAAGUACUGCAGACCUUGAGGAGAUGGAAGGAAGAGUUGGCAAAAUUCCCUACUAGCUCAUCUGCCGGUGCAUUUGCUUUUUCAUUGCAACAUUUAAGGAUUGCGAAGCUGCUGGCAAAGUUAUGGCCGCACUUUAUCUCCCCAAGAAAGCUCUCUUGUGGAAUGGGAGAGUUGGGUCUUUUAUUGGGGAAACUGGACAGAACCAUUAAAGAAAUGAAGUAUAGGUUCAUGGGGCUGAGUAAGCAAGACGAGUUGCAUGUCUUGGAGCUCAUACUUCUAAACUUUGUACUGAGGUUGUCCAGUAUUGAAGCAUUUAGUGAUGGUUCUACUUUGAAGAAGCUCCAUUCUACAUUGUCACAAAUAGAAUCCCUCUCUUCUGAGCUAUCCAUGGAGCCUUCCAAAUUCGUGAGUGAACUCAAGAAAUCAUUGCAUGAAAUUGGUUUCUCAGCUGAUGGGCCUUUCUACGGUCCACUUCUGUUUCGAAAGUCGGUUGAAAUUUUCUCCUUGAAGCAAUUUGUCUUCAGUGUAAAACUCAAGCACAUAAAAGCAGAGUUGGAUGUUUCUGGUAAUGACUAUGACAAACCUUUUCCCUUUAUUCCGGGGCUUCCUGUUGGUAUACGAUUAGGGAUCACUUUGUACAACAUCUCAAGGGAGAAUAGGUUGUGGUUGCGACUUGCUGUGGAUGAUGAUUUAUCUGAGUUUGUUUACCUGGAUUUUGACCAAUUUGGGGGCAACAGUCAAAUCCGGAAAUUCAUAUUUGAUGCACCUUUUUACAAGACCCUGAAAGCAAAUUCUUUCACAGUGAAGGUUUGCCUUGGAUUGGAGUGCUUGUCUGAGAAUGUUCAAUCGUUCAAAAGUUGUGGGGGUCCAAAACAGGAGUUAGUUUAUCUCUGCAAACAGAAGGAAGUGUUUCUUUCUACUGUUGUGAAAGAGUGAGUGGCAACUCUGUUGCUUGGGUAAACAGUGUCAUGAUGGACGCCAGCUCCACAACAGCAACCGGCUCCCGCCACCCAAAACAACUGUCACCACUAUCCUUGCCAAAGCGUUUGAGUGGGAGUCAUUGUGCAGCCAAGCCCUACUGCAACCCGUGCCCAGCCCAGGCAUAUGCGCUUCUCGGAUGGACUCCACCUCCGGUUGGCCUCUUCAACCUCAAUGGUGAUGGGAGUGGUAGCGCUACAGAUUCAAAGGCAAGCGCUGGUGACUUAGUCAGGGUUUGGAAAGGGAAUUGGAUCACUGGGUUUCGUGCAAACUGUGCUCUGUGUUGGGCCUCUCAGCUGAGCUUUGGGCUAUUUAUCAUGAGCUCAAACUCCUCAGGGAAACACAUCCUCAGCAGAAAUCGAAUCAGAUGCGGAAAUGCUAUCAACCUAAUCAGUUCAACUCAAAGCAAUUGCCAUCUUCACGAUCUCUUCACUGUUUGCAGGUCCCUUAUCCAGGACCUGGGGAAUCCUACGGUUAAGCUUGUCAUGAACGAAUGCAACAAGUGCGCCGAUCAACUAGCCCAAAGAUGCGAAAGUGCACCGUUUUCCUUUUUUAGUUUAUCUGUGAAUUUCCUUAUUGUAUUACAUUCCAAAUGUUGGAGGGCCCGAUGGGUGUUUCUUAUCCCAAACUAUGUAGUCUUAAUUUUAUUCAUGCGAAGUUUCUGUUUAACCAAAAAAAAAAAAGUGUCGAGGAAAAGAUGAACCAUCUGGUUUUCAUCAUGUUAAAAAACUCAAGGCCUGGUUGUCAGCCUAGUGAGCAAAUGACAAGAAGCUGAGUUCUUGAUA